GGUAGCUCCAGUCUCCAGCCCUGACUCCUGAGGCUGCGCAGGGCGGCAGGGCCAGCACAGUCGAGUCUCGAGUCCGCCAUUAGAAGCGUAUCUGCUAGUCUGUUGCUCGCCAUGGCGCUCUCUGCUGCUGCUCGCCUGGGUGCUGCUCCCUGCCUGCGGGGGCUGGCCUGUCCGGAGGCGCAGCUGCCGUGCAAGCAGCUCUCCCCUGCUUACCUCGGCGCCUUUGGGUGCCCCCCCCAGUGUCCGUCGCCGUUUCGCCUGCGGCGCCCAGUGCGGCAGUCCCGCUGUGUUGCUGCCGCUGCUGCCAGCGCUGGCAGCAAUCCUUUUGCGGCGCAGAUGGGGAGUGCAGCAGAGGCGCAAGCGGAGGGGCUGCCGCGUGCUGCGUAUGGGGGCGCGCAACAGCAGGGCGGGGCGGACCCCAUGACGGCCCUUCUGCGGCAGCGGGUGGUCUUCCUGGGGAAUCAGAUCGACGACUUUGUGGCGGACACCAUCAUUGCGCAGCUGCUGCUGCUGGACGCCACCGACCACAAGCGCGACAUCCGGCUGCUCAUCAACUGCAGCGGGGGCAGCCUCAACGCGGCCAUGGCCAUCUACGACGCCAUCCAGCUCGUGCGCGCCGACGUGUCCACCAUCGCCCUCGGCAUCGCCGCCUCCACCGCCGCGCUCGUCCUCGCAGGCGGGACGCAGGGCAAGCGGCUGGCCAUGCCCAACACGCGCAUCAUGAUCCACCAGCCGCUGGGCGGCGCGAGCGGGCAGGCGAUCGACGUGGAGAUCCAGGCCAAGGAGAUCAUGUACCACAAGGCCAACGUCACCAAGAUCAUGGCCGACAUCACGGGGCGGCCCGCGUGGCAGGUGGAGCUGGACACGGACCGCGACCGCUACAUGUCGCCCAUCGAGGCCAUGGAGUACGGCAUCAUCGACUCCGUCAUUGACAAGGAGGCCAUCGUGCCGCUGCGGCCAAUGCCCGAGAAAGUGGCCCCGCGCGAAAUUCGGCUACCCCUCUUUCUUCGGUGAGGAGCGAUAUGGGGAGGGGGUCUUCCAGAUCAGCCACAUAAGACUGUUGGGAUGGCUAACACAUCUUAUGUUGACUUUUCAUAUUGUACAGUAGGGAUGAUUAUAGUUCCAGGUCUUACCAUCUGCAACCAUUGUGAUGUAUCGAUUGAUACAACAAUGUGUUGCAGCAACGCAUUCCGAAGUUCAAGGGAGUGCACUGUUAUUAAACAUUGUAUUGAAUAACGUGCACGAUAAGUUGGUCAUAUUCUGCUCUAGUUUGACAGCCG